AUGAACUCCGUUUGGGUGCGAUAUUUUCAUGGCCAGACGGGAGAUAAGCUUGGGCAGGUAAAGCAACACGGAUCAAUCACUGAUACAAAUUUCAUUGAUAUGAUUAAUUUCAUCAUUGAAUCAUCGGCCCCUAUCAUAAUCUACUCGUCACAGACUGGUGUUCAACCUUUGGCAAGUCCUCAACCACUUGCGAUCGGCGAUUAUGAUAUUUAUCCCACCGCCAAUGCAAAAAUUGAAGUCACCAACUCUGUAUGCCUUCGACGGGCCCCCUCCUAUAUCCCGACUAAUGCUACUCCCCGGGAGAAAGCAUUCCGUGACGGGGUGCGACUUCGAGAUGGAAAGUGCGUUAUCUCAGGAACAAUAAAUCGUACACUCCAGGACGCUCCACAAUAUCAAACAUGGCGUGGGUUUCAGUCAGCCUAUGUGUUCCCUCUAGCACGCGAGUCGAUCUGGCGUUCAAAAAACUUUUCACGGUUUAUCACUAACACUGCUGCUGAAACUCAUCGAGCUGCUAUUAAUUCUGUCCAGAAUGGAAUGUGUAUGAGGAAUGACAUCGACGACCAAUUCGAUGAUUUUCUUAUUGCCAUUAAUCCGGACGACGGUUACAAAAUUUAUGACUUUGGAGGAAACAAUCAGGGAGUAGACAGGAGAAUUCUGGACCCUGUAUGCCGUACUCCAGGAGACCCUAACCGGGUCUCUGAUGACUUUCUCCGCUGGCAUUGGCAGCAAACUCUACUAUUUCAUAUGAAGGGUGUAGCGGAGUCGGGUUGGGAGUCAGACUUUCCCCCAGGAUCUGACAUGGUCGGAGAGAUCCUCGCUGGCCCACAGCCCGCUGAGCGAAUGGAAGCAGAGCUUUUUGCUCGUCUUCAUCACCUAGUAAGUGACGAUAGCGACUAA